AUGGGGUCCGCCGUCGCCGACACCAUCUACACGCCGAUACACGAAGCCGGUCGCUGUGCGAUCCGAGGCCAUUGUGGUUCGAAGAGCAUGUUUGGCGGCCAGCUGCCUUGCGUCGACAAUGGACUCGCCGAGGAGCCCGACGCCAAGUUGCGCCAGCAAUUGACUGAGCUCUGUGGCCCGAAAUGGUCUCAGGGUCCUGUCUGUUGCAACGCCGAGCAGGUCGACACGCUCAAAUCCAAUCUACAGACAGCAAAUCAGAUUAUUUCGACAUGCCCCGCGUGCAAGGACAACUUCUACAACAUGUUCUGCACCUUCACCUGUUCUCCCGACCAGUCGCUCUUCAUCAACGUGACAGGGACAAUGGAGAAGAAUAAGAAGACGCUGGUGACCGAACUGGAUCAGCUGAUCUCGGAAGAGUACGGGAUAGGGUUCUACGACAGCUGCAAGGACGUCAAGUUUGGGCCGACAAACUCGAGGGCGAUGAACUUGAUUGGGGGUGGUGCCAAGGACUACACACAGCUACUCAAGUUUCUCGGCCAGGAGCGGUUUGGGGGUUCGCCCUUCCAAAUCAACUUCCCGACAAGCUACGCGGACAAAGAUAUGAACCCGCUACCGAUGAAACCGAAGAAAUGCAACGAUGAGGAUCCCAACUUCCGUUGCGCCUGUAUCGAUUGCCCCGCCGUUUGCCCAGAGCUCCCGGCCGUCGAAGAGGCGGGAUCCUGCCACGUUGGGGUCCUGCCAUGCCUGUCGUUUGCGUCUAUCCUCACAUACAGCGUGUUUCUGUUCUUCACCCUCGUGGUGCUCUUGCUCAGCGCCGGCUGGUUUCAUUUUGAGAUCGAAAAGGACCCAGCCCGUCUGUGGGUGAGCCCGACUUCGGAGGCAGCUCAGGAAAAGGCCUUUUUCGAUGACAACUUUGGCCCGUUCUACCGAACCGAGAAGAUCUUCCUUGUGAACGACCUGAACGCCUCGGCCCCUGGGCCAGUGUUGGACCGUGACACCCUCCUUUGGUGGUUUGAUGUUGAGGCGAGUGUCCGAAAUCUCAGGGGAAGCAAGUAUGAGAGCACUCUCCAGGACCUUUGUCUCAAACCCACCCACGAUGCCUGCGUUGUUCAGUCAGUCGCGGCAUACUUCCACAACGACCCCGCGGAGGUUGAUCGCCUCAACUGGAAGGCCAAGUUGAGAGAAUGCGCCGACUCACCGGUCAACUGCCGCCCUGAUUACGGUCAACCCUUGGAACCGAAUAUGAUUCUCGGAGGUUACGCGGAGUCUGGUGACCCCGCCGACGCCACAGCCAUGACAGUGACCUGGGUUCUGAACAACUACCCAGAAGGGUCUCCCGAGGCAGACCGCGCCAUGGAUUGGGAAGAGGCUCUGAAGAAUCGACUGCUGGAACUUCAAGAUGAAGCCAGCGAGCGGAACCUCAGGCUCUCCUUCUCCACCGAAAUCAGUCUGGAGGAGGAGUUGAACAAGUCAACCAACACCGACGCCAAGAUCAUCGUCAUUAGCUACAUCAUCAUGUUCCUGUACGCUUCGAUUGCUCUCGGGUCUACAACGCUGUCGUUCCGAGAGCUCCUCCGCAAUCCUUCCAUCUCUUUCGUGGAAUCCAAGUUCACUCUCGGCGUGGUGGGGAUUGUCAUCGUGCUUAUGUCCAUCACGGCGUCUAUUGGACUGUUCUCCUGGGUGGGCCUCAGGGCGACCCUUAUCAUCGUCGACGUCAUUCCCUUCAUUGUGUUGGCCGUCGGCGUGGACAACAUUUUCCUCAUCGUCCACGAGUUUGAGCGGGUAAACAUCAGCCAUCCUGAUGAUGUGGUCGAGGUCAGGAUCUCCCGCGCGCUUGGCCGCAUGGGUCCUUCGAUUUUGUUUUCGGCCAUCACCGAGACCGCAUGCUUUGCGCUAGGCGCAUUUGUUGGCAUGCCGGCUGUGCGCAACUUCGCCAUCUAUGCGGCUGGCGCCGUGUUCAUCAACGCGAUCCUCCAGGUCACCAUGUUCGUCUCGGUUCUCACGCUCAACCAGAUUAGAGUUGAGGACUUCCGCGCGGACUGCUUCCCCUGCGUACAGGUCAAGUCAGCGAGGAUCCACCUGAACGCUAACGGCGGGAACCACGGGGCUCGGUUCUACGAGGCACCAUCGGAAAGCUUGCUGCAACAGUUCAUUCGCAAGUCGUACGCUCCUAGGCUGCUGGGGAAGAAAACCAAGGCGGCUAUCAUUGCCAUUUUCCUGGGUAUCUUCGCUGCCGCGGUCGCGUUACUCCCCGAGGUUGAGCUUGGACUGGAUCAGCGGGUCGCGAUCCCCGACGACUCUUACUUGAUUCCGUACUUCAACGAUCUUUACGAUUACUUCGACUCCGGUCCGCCUGUCUAUUUCGUCACGCGCGGAUUCAACGGUACCGAGAGGGAACAGCAGCAAAAGAUCUGCUCUCGCUUCACCACCUGCGAGCAACUGUCUCUUACCAACAUCCUCGAGCAAGAGCGGAAGCGGGAGGAGGUAUCCUACAUCGCAUCCCCGACGGCCGGCUGGAUGGACGACUUCUUCCAGUGGCUAAACCCCGAUAACGAGCAGUGCUGCGUGGACGGCCGCAAGCCCUGCUUCUGGCGGCGCGACCCGACAUGGAACAUUAGCAUGGCCGGCAUGCCUGAAGGCGACGAGUUCGUUCACUACCUCGAGAGGUUCCUCACUGCGCCAACCACUGAGGACUGCCCCCUCGCCGGUCAAGCCUCGUAUGGCUCGGCCGUCGUCGUCGACGCGGAUCACACCACCAUCCGCGCCAGCCACUUCCGCGCUAUGCAUUCUCCUCUCCGCAGUCAAGACGACUUCAUCAAAGCCUACGCAUCGGCCCGCCGCAUCGCGCGCGAUGUCAGCGCCAGCACGGGACUCUCCGUCUUUCCCUACUCCAUCUUUUACGUCUUCUUCGACCAAUACGCAACCAUCGUCCAGCUGACGGCCGCCCUCCUCGGCUCGGCCGUCGCCGUCGUCUUUGUGGUAUCCGCCAUCCUGCUCGGCUCAGUCCUCACCGCUGCAGUGGUGACCGUCACGGUGAGCAUGGCGCUAGUCGAUAUCCUCGGCGCCAUGGCGCUCAUGGGCGUCAGCCUGAACGCGGUGUCGCUGGUCAAUCUGAUCAUCUGCGUGGGCAUCGCGGUCGAGUUCUGCGCCCACAUCGCGCGCGCCUUCAUGUUCCCCAGCCGCACGUUCAUGGAGCGGGCCCGCAACCGGUUCCGCGGCCGCGACGCGCGCGCCUGGACCGCGCUUGCCAACGUCGGCGGCAGCGUCUUCUCGGGCAUCACCAUCACCAAAGUGCUCGGCGUCGCUGUGCUCGCCUUCACCCGCAGCAAGAUCUUUGAGAUCUACUACUUCCGCGUGUGGGUGGCCCUGGUGAUCUUUGCCGCCACCCACGCGCUCGUCUUCCUGCCUGUCGCCCUGUCGCUGUUCGGCGGCGAGGGCUAUGUCGACCCGGAGAGCGAGGGCGGGCUGGAGGAGGACCUCGCCAGUCGCCGGUAUCGCGGCCUGGCGUCGGGAGAGGGGUCGGAUUCGGAAGAUGAGGAGAACUAG